AUGGAUCAAAUUGCCUCGGUACUUCUCAACUUCCCGCCGGCGGGCGGGAUUACCGACGAUGACUUGUACAAUUCGGCUGCCAAGUCACACAGCCAAAGCGUGGGCGAGUUGGCCGUGACACCAAACUUCAAAGAUACCGCCGCCCAGCUCCUAGAUCAUGUUGAUCCAGCAAUUAAUUCCAUCUCGUACCUGAGCUUGCUCAUCGCCACCCGGAUCGCCAACGGUCUACCCCAACCCGAGCUCCUGGCCAAGGUCUCCAUUUUCCUCGUCUCGUUCGACGCCCGCCAGAUACGCUAUGCGGGGAAAGCGUUUUCGUUGGUUCUCGACUGGCUCACCAGCGGAGAUAUGUUUCCGAUUGAUCCGACCGGCUCGGUGCUCACCAACCACCAUGUUGCUCUAGUCAAACUCGCGUACACGACCGACAACAUCGAGCUCGCACUGCCCCUCCUCGAGAAGAAUAUCGUUUUCUAUCCGGGUGUCAAGGGUUUACAGGAACCACGACCCCUCGGCAGUCCGGAUCUACCGCCGGCAUCAUACGUGACCGUCGAGGCGGGGCUGACGAAGCAGUUGAGCAGCAGCGACGUGCUGCAAUACGAUCUUUUCCGCGGCCUCUGUUUCAUUCAGCGACGGUCAUGGAGCCAGGCGCUCGACGCCCUGGAGCGGGUCAUCACAUACCCCGCCAGGGACACUCACUCGUGUAGCAAGAUUAUGGUGGAGGCACAUAACAAGUGGGUCCUCGUCGGGCUGCUGCUGGAGGGCAAGGCGCCCACGCUGCCGACUAUCACGGCCCCCGGCGCGCAGAAGGCCUUCUCCGCGCUGGGCAAGCCCUACCAAUCAAUCGGCAGCGCAUUUGGGGAGAACACGGCCCGGGCGCUCAAGACCGAAUAUGAGGGCCUGGGCCCGCAAUUCUUUAGCGAGGAAAAUAACCUCAACCUGAUACGACUGGUGAUACAACAUUACCAGAGGUGGCAGAUCCUAAAGCUCCGGCAGGUCUACACCAAGGUCUCGCUGGAGAAAAUCCGGACGCGCACGCAGAGUGCCGAGACGGGAGCGCCGCUCGCGACCGAGACCGAGGUCGCGCAGCUCGUGCAGCAGAUGAUUGACGAGGGGAUGUUGAGCGGAGUAGUCGAGCGUCCCACCGACGGCCCGGCCUACCUCAGCUUUCACGUCCCCGACGAGGAGCUCUCGGAGGCUGGGUUCGGGCAGAAGAUGCUGCAAACCGCCCAGCGGCUGAAGGGGCUGGAACCUAUCGUCAGGGCGACCAACGAGCGCCUGGGCACCAACCGCGAUUACGUCCGGUUCCUGGCCGGCCAGCAGAAGAAGGACAAGGACUGGCAGAGGGACUAUGGCGUCGGGUUUAUGAACCAGGUCGAGGACGAGGAUCUGAUGACGGACGCGGUGGCCGGGUUCUAG